AUGGAAUCCAACCGCGUUCGAAAGCCGCGCCAAGGUCAUCGCAAGUCGCGCAAUGGCUGUGCAAUUUGCAAGAAGCGCCACAUCAAAUGCGACGAGCGACGUCCCGUUUGCGGCCAUUGCGAGAUAUCCGAGAGGGACUGCUACUACAUUGUGCCUAAGAAGGCCAAGAUGGGAGCUUCUCCAUACGAAAAAGAGCUCACCACUUCGGCAUGGCUUGAGACUGCAUCCACGUCGAGAGACCCGGAAUUUCCAGCGUCACCGAAUCUGCACGACAUCGAAUCCGAUGAGCUUUUUACCUUUGAACAUUUACAGCUUCUGUACAACAUCCAGGAACAUAUGACGAGUUGGAUGAUGGUGCCAGAUUUACUGAAGCCUCUCGCCAAUGGCUACGUCAAUGCCGCUUUGAAGACACCAUACCUCAUGAACCAACUACUGGCCCUAUCCGCAAUGCACCUUAGCACCGUCCACCAAGAAUCCUCAAACCAUUACACAAGUACGGCGAAUCACCUCCGACACCGAGGACUGCGCGGCUUCAAUAAGGAGCUCGACGAUACCUCCCAGUCGAACGCGACAUCACAGUUCUUCUUUGCUUCGUUGCUGGCACUACACUACUUCGCCGAGACCAUAAGCGGUGAUAAAGAACAGGAAUUCCCCACCACUCUUCGGCAUAUGCUGGAAUACUUUCGUCUCCAUCGUGGAGCGCGAGUGCUAAGCGAUCGAGCACACCCAACCCUUAUGGGUUCAUCGGUAGUGGGAUGGCUUAUCACUGCGGUGGAGGAAAGCAAGAAGGAAACACGCACCCCGUCAGAAUCUUGCGCUAUUCUAGCAACAAUGCUCCAGGCCUCAGAUUUGAACGAAGAGUCACUUGAGGCUUGCGAAGGAGCGAGGGAGUCCCUCGACCUCGUACAUCGAUGGAUUCAAGGUCCCAAUGGGUGGGGCGUACACGCGCUGCUCGGCUGGUCGAACCUCAUCCCGCUGCGAUUCCUCAGUCUGUUGGAAAAACAGACUCCCGAGGCUCUUGUAAUUCUAGCCCAUUACGCCGUGUUGAUGCAUCGUUUUCGGGGCUUCUGGUGUUUUGGAAAUGUGGGAAAACGGCUGGUAAAUGGUAUCUCUGGUCUGCUCGCGACGUACUGGGUGGAUUGGCUUCCCACGCUUGAUGACGAAUGA